AUGUUAAACUUUCCCUAAAAUGCCAGGGAUCAUUUCUCUUGUGAUUGUGACCCUUGCGAAUUCGCUAUCACUCAUGGAGAAGAGAUAAUGCCAAAAAGAGUGCCUCCCCAAAAACCAAUUCAACAAAUUCAAGAUAAAGAUUUGGGAUUGCUCUUGCGUAAAUUAUAGGCUCCAAAUAAAUUAACCAGAAGUGUGAGGAUAAGGAUACCUGAAACUUGCGUUUGCAAUGAAGGAGAAAUUAAGUUUAUCGCGUAUUAUGAUGAAAGUGAAGGUUUCAUAAAAUUUAUCCAAAAGCCAACAUUUCAAUAAACAAAACAGUUCUUGAACGAAAGGAGACCCCCUGAUUCUCUAGCUGUCAUAAUCAAAUAUAUAGAUAACAACAUGCAAGUGAUGACUGAUAUGGAAUUUACUAUUUUGAUGAUGAAGAGAAAAAUAGAUCCAAUUUGGUCACAAAUCUUGUAUAUUCAAAAUUUUAAUUCUAAUAAGAACUACGAAUUAUAGCACUACGAGUUCAAGCAUUCCUUUGAUUCGAAAUACCCAGAAUUUGAUUUAGCAAGAAUCGAGAUUUUAAUAUUGAAUGGAGAAAUCGCAAGAGCUUCUUCUGAUUUUGUACCUAUGGUGAGAGAAGAAGCUUAUGAGAAUUCAUUAUCGUAAGAUCAAUAUUGCAGGUAUAUGGUUUAUAAGAUGGUUCAUUAUGCUGAUGUUUUCGGAGGUAUCCAAAUAACAGAAGGAAAAUUCAGUUUCCACAAGAAAACCUUCAUUUCAAUGGAGAAGAUGGAAUACACAGAUCUAGAUAGAAAAGCCUUAUUUGAUUCUGAGAUUCUGUUGAGGAAGAAAAAAAUGAUUGACGAAGAUAUGUUCUAAUUCCAAAAGUUGAUUGAUCAAAAUGUGAAGAAGGAACGAGAGUAUGCAUUGAAAGUGUAUAGGGAAAUCCUAGACAUGGAUAAUGGAUUGGAUCAAUAGUCACAUCUACUCAAAAACAAACUAUCAGUGAUUGGAUAUGAUUUAAAGAAGUAUAGUUAGAGCAUCCAAUCUAAUUUUCAAUAAGUGAUGGUUAGUAAGGACCCAGCCUCAACGUUGAAAGAACUAGUAAUCGAAUAAAAGGUCAAUGAAGAGAAAUUAACUUCCAUAUUAAAACCAAAGAAAGGGGAAAAAACUAAAAAGAAAAUGUGA